CCUUCCAACUAUAUACAACACAACUACUGGAAAUAUUUGUGUAGGUGCAAUAUACGUCCACAAUUUGGUCUGUCACUUUCAAUUUGUACCAUAUGUGUUUAAUUUUAAUUUAUAGUUGUGGAAUUAUGUAAAUAUAAAUAAACUGUCCAUUUAAAUAAUUUCUUAUUUUGUGUAGUUACAGUUAAAAUUGUGGUUUGUUAUAGUGUAGUUCGAAAAUAUGAAAACCGCACUCAAAAUUUCCCAAACUGUUAUUAAGAGAAUUUCAGACACAACAAAACCAUGUCUGGGCAAACUAUAUGGAAUUUUAUUCAAAAACAACAUAAUAAUAUUAGCCCUGCAAGCUGAAGUGGACACAUGCAGUAACCUACUAUAUUCAUUGCCCGCUGAGGUUGAUUUCUGUGGUGUGUUCAAGUCAGGCGACAAUGAUACCACUAGCCCUUGGAUUAGGCAGUCAACCAGUGAAAUAUAUGUAACAGACAGUCCAAUUUACAUUAAUUUCAAUUUGGAGGAAAAGAAACUGUCCACAUUUAUAAUUUUGAAUGACAGAAUUGAACCACUUCAGUACACUGUUGUAACAGAGCCAGAUUUAAAUUCACAGUUCAUUCAUUUGAGGUUGUUGGGGAAUUUGCCUGUUAAAUGUGAGGCAAGCAUUAAAGCUGUUGAAGAAGUUUUUAAUGGGUUGAGAAAACUUGUUACCUCAAAUGCUGUUGCUUUCACUUUUGAAAAAUCAAAUGUAUUUUUACUGGGAAAUGAUUAUGACAACCCAAUUUUGGGAAUAUCUGGUGAUAAUACCGUGUCAGAAAUGCUAGAAGAAGGAAAUGAUAUGGAAGGUGCAGGCAAAAAAAAGAAACAGGACCUGCAAGUUAUCAACGUCAAUUUAUUAAGAAAAAACUCAGAACAAGACUUGACUGAAAUUAAAUCACAUGCACCAAUCUGCGUCCUAGAUAAGAGACCAAUGACAGUUUUUAAUAUCUCGUUAAACCUGGACGGUUUAGCGAUCGUUAAUAGACAGUUAAGGGUUAGUAAGUUGCAUGGAAUUUUAGUGGAAAGUGCGAUACGAAAAUUAAGGUUGUAUGAGCAUGUUCUUUUGUCUAAUUUAAGAGAAAAUGAGGAUAAUCAAAGCAACAUACAAGUACUUGAAACAUUCCAUUUUUAUCCAUCAGAAUGCGGACAUUUUGUCACCAGGAUUUAUCCGCAUGUUAACGAAGAAGAAUUAAAAAAAGAAAGGGCAAUGUUACAUGCUGAACUGCUAGUAUCUUCCGAAAUACCUAUGUUCAGGCGAGGAAACCAAUUCGAUUUCUUAGCACUGACUAAUAAAAAUUCACCACUGCUCAACCCACAUGAAUAUGUCAAGAAAUCAGACAAUGGUGGACAAGUGUCCUUGGUUAAAGGCAAAUAUUUAUACUACCACUAUUGCCAAGACAACAUGGAUGAUAAAGGAUGGGGUUGUGCAUACAGGUCUUUACAAACACUCGCCUCUUGGUACAAACUUCAAGGAUUUACAGAAAAAGACGUGCCCACGUUCAAAGAAAUCCAGAAGUGCCUGGUUGAUAUUGAAGACAAACCGGCAUCAUUCAUUAAUUCCAGACAAUGGAUCGGCUCCACUGAAGUCGGAUUCGUUCUCGACACUCUUCUGGGAGUAACGUGCAAGAUAUUAUUCGCCAGCUCGGGCGAGGAAAUGUCCACUAAAGGCCCCGAACUGGUCAAUCACUUCGAGAACCACGGCUCCCCGGUGAUGAUCGGGGGUGGCGUACUGGCGCACACAAUUCUAGGUGUUGAUUAUAACAGAGACACUGGUAGUUUGAAGUUUUUGAUCCUCGAUCCCCAUUACACGGGCGGUGAAGAUUUGCAAGUGAUUACCAGCAAAGGAUGGUGUGGGUGGAAGGGAUGCGAGUUUUGGGACAAAAGCGCCCACUAUAAUAUGUGUUUGCCACAGGUUCCCAGGGGUGUUUGAAAAGUUUUUGUAAGGUUCAUAUGUUGGUGUUUUUUAUAAUUAGAUAUAUUUAUAUUAUACUAUAUGAAUAAAUGCUUUGUUCUAUACAAA